AUGUCCUGGCUGGGCAAGCUAGGCUUCGGUACGCGGUCCCCCACCGAACCCUCCAUGGACUCUUCUUCUUCCUCCAUAGCCCAAGGUCCAGACAAUGAUAUCCCAGCACCGGGUCAACAGUUCGCCCAAUUCGGAGCUGGGUGUUUCUGGGGCGUGGAAUUGGUCUUCCAGAGAGUCCCUGGUGUGACCAAGACCGAGGUUGGGUACACUCAGGGCUUUAUUCAUAAACCCACUUAUGAGGAUGUAUGUUCGGGGACUACGAACCACUCUGAGGUUGUUAGGGUUCAGUAUGAUCCGAAGGAGUGUAGUUUUGAGUCUUUGCUUGAUGCUUUCUGGGCUAGACAUGACCCUACAACCCUUAAUCGCCAGAUUGAAUUGCUCUGUCGAUGA